AUGUGUAUAAAAGACAACAAAAAUUGUCGCGAAGAUGGUAACAUCGCGACGACAGAGUGCGAAAAUUCAAAUUCAUCAUCAAACGUUCAAAAUUUUUAUACGGAUUCUAAAAUUCUCGUGACUGGGGCGACGGGUUUUAUUGGUAAAGCAUUGGUAGAAAAACUUUUAAGAUCCUGUCCGAACGUGACGACCAUAUACAUGCUAAUAAGGCCUAAAAGAGGUUUGACAUCGGAUAUGAGACACGAAAAACUUCUCGGAAGUUCGAUUUUCGACACGAUUCGAAAUCAAAGUCCGGAAUUAUUGAAAAAACUUGUUACCAUCGAAGGAGAUGUGAGCGAUGAAAAUCUCGGUUUGUCAGAAUCCGAUAGGAAAACUUUAGCAGAAGAAGUCGAUGUCGUUUUUCAUUCUGCUGCAACCGUGAGAUUUACCGAAAAAUUAAAAGACGCCAUCGAACUCAACACUCUCGGUACAAUCAAAGUCAUACAAAUGUGCAGAGAAAUGAAAAAUUUAAAGGCGUUCGUGCACGUUUCAACUGCGUACAGCAACGCUGACAAAUACGAAAUACUCGAAACGGUUUAUCCGUCUCCCUGCGAUUUGGAAGACCUAAAAAAUUGCUGCGGAAACGAACCCAUAGAGAAAACAAUCGAGAAAAAAUUAGUCGGAAUGCAUCCGAAUAAUUACACCAUGACAAAAGCCGUGUCCGAAUACGUCAUAAGCACUCAGGCAAACGAUUUACCGGUUGCCAUAGUCAGACCUUCCAUCGUUACCGGUGCUUGGAAAGAACCCGUACCCGGAUGGGUGGAUAACGUGUCUGGAAUAUCGGGGAUUAUGAUAGAAAUAAGUCGGGGAACGUUAAGAAGCAUUAUAUGUGAUGAAAAAUGCAUCAUGGAUGUCAUACCCGUUGAUGUCGUCGUUAAUACACUAAUAGCAGCUGCAUGGCAAACGGCAACUCAUAGAUCGAUAAUUGUUCCGGUGUACAAUUGCACGUCGGGUACUUUAAAUCCAAUUUCUUGGCACAAAUACGGAAGGCUAACGGAAAAACAUUGUCUCAACGUACCAUCCAAAUACGUACAAUGGUAUCCAGGAUUUUCCUUCACGACAAACAGGUUUCGUCACACUCUCAUAGAAUUAUUUAUGCAAUUUUUUCCAGCACUUUUCAUCGAUUUGAUAAUGAUAUUAAACGGAAUGAAACCCAUAAUGUUCGAAAUAGCAAAAAAAUUUAAAAAAGCAUGUAAAAACGGUGAAUAUUUUGCAUUGCACGAAUGGAAAUUUCAAUGUGACAAUUUAAUUAGUCUUAACAAAGCACUGACGGCAGAAAACGACAGGAAAACCUUUUGUGUCGACGUAGAAAAAAUCGAUUGGGACGAUUAUGUUAAAAAUUAUUUGUUAGGUUUAAGACGUUUCGUAUUAAAAGACGAUCCGAAAACAUUAGAUGGAGCACGCUUCGUUUGCUUUCAAAAUUUUUCAAAUUUUUUUCUUACUUCAUGUUUUUCUACUUAUUAA